ACAAACGAAGAACCGCCGAACAUCUGAAAAUUGAAAAUUGCAGCAAGAUGAAAAUACGAAACGAAGUGAAACCGUCUGAUAAGGAGGUGGAAAAGAAAAAGUUUGUCGUACGCAGUGCCGCCGACAUUCAACGGGCCAAGCUGGAGAAACUGAUGAAGAAUCCAGACAAACCCGUCGUCAUUCCGACCUCGAACAAGGAUCGGGACUUUUCCAACGCGAUUCCCUCGUUUGUACGCAACGUGAUGGGCUCGAGUGCGGGUGCGGGUUCUGGAGAGUUCCACGUCUAUCGGCAUCUGCGUCGUAAGGAGUACGCCCGCCAGAAGCAGAUCCAGGAGAAAUCGCGGUCUGAACAGCUGGAUGACGACUUCCAGCAAAAGCUGGAAAACAAUCGUAAGGCUGCGGAGGAGCGCACGGCAAAGAAGCGAGCGAAAAGGCUGAAGAAAAAGGCCAAGCAGAAGGCAAAUCGUGGCAAGAAGCCCAAGAACGACAACGGAGACGACGAGGAAGCUUCUUCGGAGAACAGUGAAAGCGACGAAGACGAAAACGAGGGAGAAAGUCAAAAGUCCGAGACGGAAAGCUCUAGCAAACCGGAAGAAGACCCUGCUGGCGAACAAAAACUAGUGGAGCCUGCACGAGGAGACGCUACAGAUGGUUCCUCUCAACCAGAGGUAGCAUCGAUACAAAAGGAGAACACUGAUAAGUCACCCAAAGAAUCAGCAGAGACUAGCGAAUAGAUACUACACAUUCACGUAUCCGAACAAGCAAGAACGGAUGCCACAGAAUAAGGAACAAAGAAAAAGAGAGAGAAAGGGAAAGGGAACGUAAAUAAUAAAAGUUUAAAUAUAUUUGAACUCUCG